UUCAUCCUGAAAAGGUGACAUAUUUUAGUCAGUUGCCGACAUUAUGAAACUUUAUCUGCCGUUGUGAAGCGGCGCUUAUUCGGCCUUUGUGGUCAUUCGCUGGACACCGUUUACGGGCGAAGUAGGAGGCUCUUUUCUCUGGGAAAAGAAGCUAGUCUUAGCUCGGUAACCUUAGCGCCCGAGUCACCAGCGUAUCUUGCCUCCGUGAAGAGCAGAGGCAGACUGGAGAUAUGUGAUUGCGGGCUAGCUGGCUGGUUAGCUCAUCUGAUGUUGGCGGAUAUCGGAUAAGUUAUAACGGUAUUUAACAGGAGGUAUAUGUGCUUGUGUCACAUCAUUAAAAGUACUGAGGAACUGAGACAACCAACCAGACGUCACCACCAUGUUGGAGGAGGACAUGGAAGUGGCCAUCAAGGUGGUCGUAGUGGGCAACGGAGCAGUUGGCAAGUCCAGUAUGAUCCAACGCUAUUGCAAGGGCAUCUUCACUAAAGACUACAAGAAGACCAUUGGAGUGGACUUUCUUGAAAGGCAGAUAUUUGUCAAUGACGAAGAGGUCAGACUCAUGCUGUGGGACACCGCUGGGCAGGAGGAGUUUGACGCUAUUACUAAGGCCUACUAUCGUGGUGCUCAAGCAUGUGUGCUAGUCUUCUCUACCACAGACAGGGAGUCUUUUCAGGCUAUCGACAGCUGGAGGGAGAAGGUUGAAGCGGAGGUUGGAGAUAUUCCCACAGUCCUAGUGCAGAACAAAAUUGACCUCCUGGAAGAGACUCUUAUUAAAAAUGAAGAGGCAGAAUCUUUGGCUAAAAGGCUUAAGCUGAGAUUUUAUCGAGCUUCGGUGAAGGAGGACCUUAACGUCAACGAGGUUUUUAAGUACUUGGCUGAGAAGUAUCUGCAGCGACUCAAACAGCAAACAGCAGAGGAGACGGAGGUGGUCCACACAACAAGCAAUAAAAUAGGUGUUUUUAAUACCACAAGUAGUAAUGUCUGCAACCAGAGCUCCAGCAAUGGCAGAGAAGUCAUCACCCUGCGACCUAACAAACAAAGGACCAAGAAGAGUAAAAAUCCCUUCGGAAGCUGCAGCCUACUCUAGAUAAAAUCAUUUCAUUUUAGCGACUGACUAUUGUUCUUAACACUAGAUGGUUGUUGUAUUCUAUGGAGGUAGCCACAUUUAGAGACCAAAGCCCAUAAAGACUGGGUAAUACUAGUCUAUACUACUUUGAUAACCUGAUGUUUAAUCUGUAUAUCCUCUGUUGUUACCCAACAUUGAUGGUUAAAUUUCCUUUGAUUCAGCCUUGAAUCUCCAUCAGUGUUCCGUGCAAAAUACCUGUCAACACAUCUGGGACCUCCUUGUGGUUGCCUUAAGUAACACUAACAACUCCAGUAUGUCAUGGAUUUAAUGCCCCCCCCCCCCCCCACAAAAAAAAAAAAAAAACAGUGAUAUUGUCCCUUCAUGGCUGAAUAAUUGUUUCAAUAGGACUUGACACACAGUCCUUUCAACAAAAUAUUUAACAGCAAAGUUUGCACUCUUGCUCUUUGAAAACAUUUGCUUGUGUACGCGAUUUUUACCGUUCACCCGUUCCUGUGUGCUUUACAUUUCAACUGUGCAAUAUGUUUGUAUGUAUUGUAAAAGAUACACAGAUUAUUUUGUACCAUAUUUUUCUAACUUUCGACAGAAUAUGGUUCAAACUACACUGUUUAUCGUGGACAAAACACUAUUGAAUUCCGAGUGAAUUCUCUGUGCAGAAGUAUUUUUGUACAACUCACUAAAGUGUUGAGUGAUAUUUUCACAGAAGUGUUAACACCUUAAUGUUGACAUAGUGCCAAAUUUAUUCUUUUUGAGCUGUAGUGAAAUACUAACACUGCAGUGAUUUGGAUGUAACAUGAAAAUAAUAGAAUGUGCCCUUAUGUAUAACCAAAAUCAGUAACCAUUGGCACAAACUAGUCUUCUAUAUGUCACUCACUUACAGAUUUGUUAACUAAAUUCUUGGACUCUGGUGUAAAACAUGAGUUCAGAUAAUGAUACUCUAUUCUUUGAGUCAUAGUACCUCACAAUCAGCGAUAGGCCUGUGUUUUGAUUGUUGUUAUUUACAUUUUACAUAGCUACCUGUGUUUUUCUUUAACUUUGGUACAAAUGAGUUUCAGAUUUCACUAUAUUUGUAACCUACUAAAUACUAAACAUUGUACAAAAUUUAGGGUUUUACCUUAUUUUAGUUUUGCUCCCAUAACAACUUAUCAAUUUUUGUUUUUGUAAGUAUCAUCCUGCUCCUUUUUUGACCAAGAAAAAAUAAUGAUAUGGAGUCUUGAGCAGGAUGUAAACCCUUAGUCUCUGAAGGUGUGCUGUGAAAAGCCGAUCAUCAGUCAGGAGUGGAUGUUUGCUGUUGUUUGCCUGUAUAUGCAAGAAAAUUCAGUUUGUUGUAAUAACAUGAGGGUACUCCAAAAGAGAUCUAAACUGAUGCUUGUUCUUCGAUACAGCUGGCUGUGUGCUGUAUGUUAAUGUCUCGUCUGCAUCAAGCUUUUGUAACAUGUAGAUUCCAAAACUGAAUGAAAUGAUGGUCUACCAAGCACAAAGAAAUCCAUGGUGAUGUGGGAAAGUCUUAUAUUAAAUCUCCUAUUUAGAAUUAUUAUUAAAAAACUUCCUCAUUAAUAAUCACAGUUCUAAAUAUUUUACAUGGAAAUAGAUUACAGAAAACAUUUGGGAAUACAUGUGCAUGCAUGUUUUUGUCUUUUAAAAACAUUUUGUAAGGGAUUUUCAGAUAUGCGGUAGCUGCUUUUCCCCAAUUCAAAUGAACUUUAUGAAGAGAAGGAGAAAGUUGUUCUCUGAAUUAAAUGGCAACUACCAUGUUUUCACCUCAUAAUCUGUUGUGAAAAUUGUAACAGGUGCUUUUUUUCAGUUGUCCCAUUGGUACUAAGAUUGUUUUAUAUUUUUCAUUUGGUCUUAAGUAGACAGUCCUGUAUCAAAAGAAAAAAAAAGGAAAUGUGGUAUAACUGUUGCAUGCAAGCUUCUUUUUUUUUUCUUUUUCCACAUCAGUGAAUGUUUAACCAUGGUUGCAAAGCCACAAUGCCUUGUCCAUGUUUACAUUCUCCUCCAUUGACCACCAGUAAGCAUUUUAUUGCCUUUUUCUGUCUGUUUGAAAUUGCCUGUACCGUAACUUUGUAAAUAAUUAUUUCUUGAACUUUCUCUUAUUUGUAACAUUGUGUUUACUUUCGCCUUUUUUUCUUGCUUUUUGACUGAAUGGAUUUAGCGCACUUUAUCAGUAAGAUGGCAUAUAAUCUUAAAGAACCAUAAGUUAAAACUGACCAUACUUAUGUGCUGUCACUCAGGUGUUGUAAUAAUCUUUGUGUCUUAUUGUCUUUCUACUUUUUCACACGAUUCCAUAAAGUAGUUUCACACAUUCAUUAAAAACAACAACAAUGUAUGCUUUCAGCCUUUGACAAAAACAACAGUCAUUGUUGGAUUUUUGUUUUAACAGUUACAACGAAUCAUGACUUGAAGUGUGUCACACAGCUGUGCUCCUGAUAUGUAAGUUUGGGAGAAA